AUGUCAGAAUUAGACAGUCCGUUGCUAGAUAAGCAACAACACAUCAAAUAUUGGCAGCGCUGCCACAAAACGUAUCUACCAUCGCCUUACACAGCAUACGACUCAACCCGACUCACAUUCGCAUGUUUCACCAUCUCAGCAUUGGAUCUUCUUUCCGUCCCACUCACUUCAUUUGAACGCAUCGCAAUCCGUCGCUGGGUUCUCAGCCUACAACAUCCAGAAGGCGGUUUCUGCGGAAGUUCAACCCACGCUUUGCCUGGUCAAGAAGCUUACAAGGGCACAGCCAACAUCGCAGCUACCUUCUUUGCUCUCGUGUUGCUGGGUCUUGCAGCUGAGAAUGAAGAGGAGGCAAAGUCAGCUUUCAAAGGUGUGGAUAGGGUGCGGUUGUUGAAGUGGUUGAGGGGUCUCCAGAGGGAAGAUGGAAGUUAUGGGCAGAACAUGUGGGAUGGGGAGAUUGUUGGUGGAAGGGAUAUGAGACAUAGCUAUCUCGCAAGUUGCAUCAGAUGGAUGUUAAGAGGAGAUGUAAAAGAGGGUGAUGAGGGGUGGGUGGAAGAUAUGGAUGUGGAUAAAAUGGUUGCUCACAUCAAAAGAGGCCAGACAUACGAUGGCGGAGUGGCAGAGUCCUCUCAACACGAAUCUCACGCUGGAUACGCAUACUGCGCGAUUGGUGCGCUAUCUCUAUUAGACAGGCCAUUGGACUCUACAGCCGUUCAUCCUCCCGAGAAUGCACUAAAGGAGGGCGUGCCUAAUCGCGAGGGUCUUAUGCAGUUUCUUGCAUCUCGUCCCUUUUCUUAUCUUCCCCAAGAAGAGGAAAGCGAUGAGGUAGAGGAAAACUUUAUUGAGUCGAAUCUUGGUGAGACUGGUUAUGGACACGUCGGUUUCAAUGGACGAUGGAACAAGAAGGCAGAUACGUGCUACUGCUGGUGGGUUGGUGGCACACUCUCGAUGCUCGGAAACACCUCGAUUAUUAAUGUCCUUCCCUCACGGCGAUAUCUUUUGGACGUCACGCAGCAUCGCAUCGGUGGAUUCUCCAAGGCUGUCGGAGGGCCGCCGGAUAUGUAUCACUCAUACCUUGGCCUGGCUGCGCUUGCUACCAUGGGAGACCCUGACUUGAAAGAGUUUGACGUCGGACCUCAACGGGCCCCCCACCUCACCCGUUCAAUCGGCCCCGCCCCAGCUCUCCGAACAAAGUCCCACCCAAACCAAAUCAUCCUCAUCCGCCGUGAAUUCAUCAAUCGCCAAACGCAACCAACAAUGUCCGAUUCCACACCACAAGACACCGCCGAAGCUUCCAAGGGCGAUACCCAGGCCUGGUCCGACGACAAGCGCCGAAAGUUUGAGACCAAAUCCAAGAGCGAGUUCUACGAUCCUUGUCAGGAAGCUGCGCAAAGAAGUUACCGAUGCUUGUUCAGAAACGGGGGUGAUAAGAAUAUGUGCGGAGAGUACUUCCAGGCCUAUCGUGAUUGCAAACAAGAGUGGACUGAGAAGCGAAGAAAGGAGGGAAAGGGUUGGUUCUAA